AUGUGUGACGAAUUGUCCAUGGUUGCUCCACCAAUUCGGGGCGUUAUUCACGGCGCGAUGGCCUUGAAGGACGUGCAUAUCGAAUUGAUGACAUUGGAUGAUUACUAUAUGGUUUUGAAUCCUAGGUAUACCGGAACUUUAAACUUGCACAAGCAUCUUCCUGAGAGCCUUGAUUUCUUCGUGAUGCUUUCAUCUAUCAGUGGCAUUAUUGGCAACGCUACCCAAUCAGCCUAUGCAGCAGGUUCUGCAUUCAUGGACUCAUUUGCAGCAUACCGGAACUCACUUGGUCUGCCGGGCGUUUCGUUGGAUCUUGGAGUAAUAACCGGUAUUGGCUAUCUUGCCGAAAAUAAAGACCUUGCAGCCAAAAUGGGUCAACGGGGAUUUCAAAGCACCAAUGCGGAGACUCUUCUAUUACUCGUUGAACUUGCCAUCUCUCAAUCAUCGACAGAUGGUAAGUGCCAAAUUGUCACUGGCCUCGGAGAAUGGAAGGCCGGCAAAUCGAUAGGAAACUUUGAGGCACCAUUAUUCGCCCAUUUCAGACGCAAGUUCCAAAAUUAUGCACAGCUUUCCCAGGCCCAUGACAAUACGAAAGUCUUGCAUGAUGGUUUGAAAGCCUCGAAUACGAAAGACGAAGCCAUCGGUAUUAUCUUGGAGGCUCUCAGCGAGAGAAUCGCUAUACAACUCAAUAUCCCAGUCGAGAAAGUCAAUCCAGGGAGCCCGAUUUCAGAGUUUGGAAUUGAUUCGAACGUCGCAGUUGAAUUGCGAAAUUGGAUAGUUAAAACUCUAGAAAGUACGAUACCUAUCCUUGAGAUUCUGGCAAGUGAUUCAAUAUUUCAUUUGGCGCAACAAAUUGCAGCUCGCUCGAAAUUAAGCGGAGCUAUCGAGGAGGUAUAG